AACAGAAACCAUCACCAAACCAGAGGAUCAACAUUGCAACGUGGUAAAAAGGUAAUCCUGGAUGGGUAACGAUCGCAUUGCACUGUGUGUGUGUGUGUGUUUGUGUGUUUGUGGAUUUAAGAGCACAUGUAUCUAAAGCUCUUUUUUUUUGUCGUGUGCUUUAAUGUGUUAAGAAGUGAAGCACAAUAUUUGAUAAAUAUUCAUCCUUUCCGAUCGAAUGUUCAAUUCCAUUCGAACAUGUGAUGAUUGAUUCUAAUUUACUAUGACAGCUCUUGUGAAUGACAGGUGCUACUAACCGCUUUCCCAGUAUGUGGCCCUUGGGGAAAUCUCUUUCAACGACAUUCGACUGAAUUUCAAACGAUUGGGCACUUGCAGUUAAUGCAGAGAAUGCAUUUACCAUCGUGGUACGUGUUUUUAACAUAAACCAUCCCUUAGACAGACAAAUGGAGCAUCAAAUAAUGGAAUGUAAACUGAACGAGACAGAACGGAGCAGCUUGAAAGAAGCUUUCAGCUUUCAGCUACUUAACCAUCGUCGCCACCAUCUUCAUCAUCCUACCAACAUGCGCUCUUUCGUCAAGCUUUUUUGAGGAGCAGCAGCGAAAACCAAUAGAUUUAAAAAAUGGAAAAACUAAACCAAAAAAUACACCCCCUCCCACUAAACCGUUCACCCGUGACCGAGCGGGUCCCACGGUUUUCAGCGAAGGACAUACUAAAUAAUAUUUAAAAACAAAAGAAAAAAACAAAGAUAAUAAAAUGAAAUGUUAACAAAUUUUUGAAAGGUUUUCUUGUUUUAUUUUGUAUUAUUAACGAAGGCAGAAGGAGAGACAGAAACAGGAGGGUGAAAAAAAGAGGUAGGAUGAGGCAGUACGAGAGAUAAAACGAGAGAGAGGAAGAGAGUAGUAAAUAAAUUGUUAAGAAAUUCAUGCAGCUAAAUCUGGUGCAAUAGGAGAUUAGGGUGGAAAAAAAGGGAAUGAACCACACAUAAAGCGCAGUUCGGAACGCGUGUUGGAGUGCAAUAAUUAUCAACGUCCGGUUUUUAGACAAAUCAGGCCAGCAUCACAACAUCGAAUUACGAGUACAUUUCGUUAUCCGAUAAAACAAUUUAGAUGGACGUGAACAAAGAGCAUAUUAUAAUUGCAAGCAAAAGAAUAACAUACAUUAAUCGGCGCCAUAAGCAAAAAAAAACCUAGCUUCAGCAGUUCUGAUUUGAUUCUUCUUCCCGCGGAUUUUACUAUCCUAACUCCAGUUCCGGUUAUGGAAAAUAGGUUUGCGUUCCGAGGCAAAAACUACGGUCAAUUGCUAGGCUAUUUCGAACGUUAUUGGCGACACUUUUGCUGCAUCCUUCUGAACGCCAUUAGUUUUGCAUAUGGUUGGGCUUGGGCGCAAAAGCAGAAAAAAUAAAUACUAAAGUUUAAAUCUUACAGAAGGAAGGAAAAACAAAUUGAAUAAAAAAAAAAGAAAUCGUACAUAUCUGUUGAGACGUGUAUGCUGUUGUUGUUAAUGUUACGUUUUUGUUUUUCAGCAUUCCACGUCUUCAAUACGAGCACAAUGCGGUAGAGAAGAAUAAAAAAAAAUGAAGCAAUGGCCUUGGUGCGCUUUCAUGUUCAGGGUUUUAGGGGUGAAUUAAACAAACUUGCAGCAGCAACAAAAAAAAAACAAAAUGGUUCACGUUUUAUCAGCCCGCAGUUAAAUUACGUUAAACGCCCUCUUCAAAACGCUACUUGCAUUGAUUGUUCUAUCGCGGCAAAGCUGUUGAUAAAAGAAAACAAAUGAAGGAAACUAAUGCACACAUGUGAGACAAAACAAAACCUACCAGCUUUGCAUAACUAACAAGAAUAUUGUGAAUGUGCAAGUGGUUCGAGUUGGUUAGAAGAAACUACAAAGUUAAGCAAAGAUACGAAGAACGCAAAGAGUAACAGAACAAAAAAGUUGAAUCGUUGCGAACGAAUAAAGGAAGAGAAAGUACAGAAUUGUCUGCUAAAAGCAAAAAAAGAACAAACAAAACAAAACUAUUGACAGAAAACGAGCAAACAGCAUAAUAUAGGAAGAUAAGACAAAGAAACAACAACAACAAAAAACAAACAAAACAAUUGUUAUUCACGUUACACAAUUUGCUAAUUAUUAGUAGGCAUUAAUAUGGUUACAAAUGUAAAUAAACUGCACAAUUGCGCAAAUAAACAAAACAAAAAUGAAGGUGGGGUAAAGCCAGGCAAUGGACGGGGAUGGUGGAAAAUCCAUCCCCUUCGCCAUUACCAACCAAUAAAAGAAGCUGAGCGUAGACUGUAGUUUAGUAAGAAAAAAAAAACCAAAAAUAACACAUGUUAGCAAGGAUGGAAAGCGGAUCGGGAAGGGAAGGAAUGGGGGAAGUGGGGGGGAGAAACGAGGCAUGGGUUUGGCGUCCACAGGCAAACGUACGAAGAACAAACAAAACUGGUGGCUUGCAGUUGCACUGAGGCCACCCGGUCACCCGGCCAUCGACUUCCAAGCAUUUGUGCUGAAGUGCGUGGUGGGGUGUUGAUUUUUACCCGUCCAAUUACAGCAAAAACAAAAAAAAAGGUGUUACACGAUGGAGGAGGUUUUUUGCAAUUUAAAAUUUGUAUUACUGUGCGUGUGCGUGUGUGCAUGUGUGUGUGAGCGUGUGUGCGGAGUGACCAAGUGGUCGAAUAAAAACGAAACUAAUAACGUGGGAGAAACGCUAGCGGAUGGCACACUGGACGAAACCAUCCCACGGCAUCCCGAAGAAACAAAUGCUUUCUCUCCGUUUACUUUCGCGGGUCGGUUACCCACGAAAAGCCCUACUCUCGUGUACUAAAUGUCUGCUGUGCAACUACUCAUCUUCCACUACUUCCACUACCGUUUUCGAAGCGAUCUUGUGAACUUUCCUGGCAAAUUUCUACCUUUGAAGCUUGCAGUAACAGCAGCAGACACACUUGGAAUUACUCAAAUUGUGCCCUUCAAAUGCCACAAUUGCCCCUCUGAAGCGUUCCGGCGCCCCCGUUCCCGGCACGACUCGUGAUAGGGAAGUCCUCCACCCCACGUUUACCCUCCGCUCCUGAUGGGUGGCCCCUCCCGAAUGGGUUUUGGCGAUGGGAAUAUACAUAUAUAAAUAUAAAUAAAAAAAAUACGCAAAACAAAACAAAAAACGUAGUCAAUUUGUAUCAUACUUUCGUUUCACGGGCGCGUGAACGUUUCCCAAUUCCGCGCUGCUUUUCGGUGGUUCUAGGUUUUCCAACGAGUUUUCCGCAUUUGCAAAAAAAAACAAACAAACCAUUGUGCAAACGUUAACUAUACAUUAAUAUAUCGCACAACACAGACAAAAGGCAGACUAGUAAAGCAAACAGACAAAACACACACCUAAAAUAGCAUAAUUUCAUUGCCUACUCUACAAGAAAACUCCCCUUUUCAUACUCUAUACACAAGUGUGCUCUUGUUUGCAUUAGAAAUAAAACAUAGUUGGAAGGGUUGAAAGAGCAGAGCAAGGCAAGCAAGCUAAGUAGAUGGAGGGAAUAACUUUAGCAAAAAGUCAUUUUUGCAGCAGUACUUUUAAAAACAUUGCCGAUAAAGGAAACUAGGGUAUGCUGAAGCGUAUUGGUUGGGCUUUUUAUUCGUUUUUUCAUUACCUAUAAAGUGCAAAAAAAACCUCCCCUCCCCAAACGUAAAUAUAUAAAACGAAAAACAAAUCAAUCACACACAGACAUCAACACAAACAGACACAGAAAAAACACAUAUACGUUGCAGUUAGUGUAGUAUAAAGCAAAGUAAAGUAAUGUUAAACAAUGCAGAGCAAAACGAAACAUGAAACGGAAAAAGGACAGAAGAAAACGAAGAAGAAAAACACAAGAAUCAUUAACAAAUAAACAAAUCAUAACAUUAUUAAAAAAUGAUAUACGCUUGAAGGAUGCCCAACCGCAGUAUGCCCUGUGCGGUUGGGUCCAUUCUGUAAACCUAAAAACAAAUGAAAGCAGAGAAAAAAAAACAAAAAAAAAGAAUGCAUAACUAAAGGACAGAGCGAAUGUGAACGGAGGGAUAGAAACAAACAUAAAAACAAACAACAAACAAACCAAAACAUAUAACAUCACGUAGCAAGUAAGCAACAUGAUAAAUGUUAAUCCUUAUGGGUUAAGCAAAAGGAGCAUGGAAGGAAAACAAACGAGCAAACACAGCAACCAACACAACCUAAAGCGAGAGUAAAAAACAAAAUAGGGGGAAAAGAAGGACAAUGAGCAGAUUACACGGAACACUCUGGUUAACUGAUUGAAUGACAAUGGAGAGUUGGAAAGCUCAUCAAUUAUCAAUUGUUUGCACUGACCGGGGCAGAAUCCGUAAACCAUGUGCUUGUGUGUGUGUGUUGGUUCGGUACCGUGUUGUUUCUAUUGCUUUGUUUUACACAAGUGAGCAGCCUGGUUUGCUUUAGCACUGUCGAAGCAAACAAACAAAAAAAAACGAAAAUAACAUUGUGUUCCUGUGUCUAAGGUGCAAAUGAAAAAACUGUAGCUCGGUGGGGAGGUGAGGUGGAAAAUCUCUGUUCCCUUCCAACACUAAGAAGACACUUUCCCCCCCGAAUUUCUUGUGCCGUUAGCGUUGAAACAUUGCCGGGAGUAUAUCUAGUUUGCUGCCAUUUAUUCUAUUCCGAAUUGUAUUGUUCGUUAUCCUGUUGAACGUGCUGACGCCGACACGGGAAGUAUUGAAGCAGGAGGCGAGUUUGGAGUUUGUUUAUGCCAUGCCGUUUACAUUCGUGCAUUGUUUCGGGUGUGACAUUUCGUUACAAAGUGUGCAAAAAAAAAACAGAGGAAAAAAACCACUACCAUUUAAAGUCUAACGUUAAGGUGUUGGAUACUAAGCUAAGCUAAAUAGAACAAACACAAAGUGAGUAAAGCAAAACAUGUAAACCAACGCAAACAUAUUAACAAUAACACGCUGACUGUAACUGGUGACGUUUACAAGUGGAAAUGGAGGGCGAAAAACAUGGCUGCCAGGCAGAACAGGAACAGGAGAGAGAUUAAAAAAGAGAUGCAGAGAAAGGACCCCGGAAGGUUAGACAACAGGUAAAUACAAUGGCCGAAAGCAACAACUCCCCGGAACUGGAAAAAAUAUUGUAUGUAUUGGUUUUUUGUAGCAGUUUUUUAAGCGUAACAAAAGCAGAACGAAACAACAUUGUAAAACAGCAAAACCUCGUCACCAUUUUUCCAAUGUGAUAAGUUGGUUCUUGUUUCUGGACGAUGUUAGGGGACCCCCUAGGACCUAACUUCACCCGCCCUGCUGGGUGCGUGUGAAUUUAGUGGCCAGAAUGUCCGCCCCGAAUUGUAAUAAAUAGGUGUUGAUUGUUAUUCACUUCUCCCACACACUGAUUGUGCAACGUUGCGCUUAGUUGUGUGAAGUUUCGAUUUACCGCAACGAAAGGAAAUAUAGCCUUGAAUAGCGAAAUUUGAAGCUGAGCUCCAAUAUUUAACUGCAGAUGGCAGCACAUGAGGUACAUGAGUUGAAGGCGCCGCUAACACUGUUUACUGUUCACGUUACUCGAAACGCCUCAAUAGGGGAAAUAAGUGGGAAAUGUUGCACACUUGCACAUUAUUUGUUAUAUACAGUUUAUUUUGUGUACCAUUAAACGUAUCAUUGCACAGGAGAUCUAUUGCUUGCGAUAAGCAAAACGUGUUGUGUAUGUGUGAAGGUGAAGGGAUCGGUGGAUGUACUACUUGCCGAUCACCUGUCACCUCACAGUAACUUCAAAUGGUUUAGAUGACGAGCUGAAGAUGCCGGAUCGUGACAGAACCUGUUAGCGAUUGGGGUUUUUUUUAAACAAUACCAGAUCGAAUAGAGUAUUCCGGCGAGCUCUAGCCAGACCUCCUUCAGCAGACCCCAAAAACACACGCGUAUUGUUACUAAGAGAGAGAACCUGAAUAAGAAGUUAUGGGGCAGUUGUGCAAAGACAAAACAGACAGAAAUCCAGGGUGGGAGGGCUCAGCAUAAAACUGGCGCGACAGCAAACAUGAGAUAAAGACAUACUAAAAAGAGAAAGCGAGAGAGAGAAAAAAACAUACAACCAAACGCUUUUAGACUUCCAAGUUUACCAUGAACAAUGUUCUUCAAACAUAACACACAUUUAAGAAGAAAAAGAAGAAGAAGAAGAAAACCAAACACACACACACACAUACAACAACAACAACAACACAUACAAAAUGCAAAAUUAAAAUAAAAGUAAAGCUGCUAAACCCAUACCUUUAGAUAAGUUGUUCAUUGGCGGUUCCAAUAUGGCCGACGGAAGGUGAAGGUAGUAGUAAUUUAGUCGUUUUUUGCCGUCAGUUUGCGCGAAAAACAAGCAGCAAGAAGGGGAAAACGGUUGGGCCUGACAAAAACAACAACAAAAAAAAAGCAACAAAAAACAUUGGCCUGACAGGUAAAGCUAAGAUGUUGAAUCACUUCUGAUUUGUAGAUAUUGUAGCACAAUGAGCCGCAAAUGUUGUCCUGAGUUUGCGCGCGCGCAUUCGUGUGUGUUUGUGUGUGUGUAUGUGGGUGCGUGUGGAUGUGUGUGAGUGUUGCCGAAAUGUCCCAUCCUCAAAACGCCGGAGGCUCCGUUUGUGUUGCAUUUCUUGCGCUCGUCAAAAGCUAGUCGUUCUUCGCUGUUUGAGAUUGUCCCUUAAAUUCGGUUAGUUAUUGCCCUCGUUGAACAACUGAACGUCAUUCAAUGCCAUGCUCGGUUACGUAUUUCAAAAAAUAAAAAUAAAAACAACAAAGCAAUAAGUAAAGUAUAACAGAUAGUUAAUAAAUAGUGCAUCACAGCA